CCUUCCCCAGCCCCAUCAGUUUGGCCCACAGUUAUGGGAAGCCAGAGAAACGAACAGCUUAGCAAAGGGACACUGGGAAGUACAGGAAGGUGUGGAGUUGCCCCAGGCUGCACUGUGGACAGCUGGGAGCCAAGGGCUGGGUCACGCAGCCCAGGUGUUAGUGCCCUGCCCCGACACCCAGCGAUUGGCUGGCUGCGACCUCGGGGCGGGGCAUGCUGAAAGAAACGGGGCUGGGACCAGGCGCGGGUCAGGAACCCUGAGCCGGAUCCCACCAUGCGCUGUCUGCAGCUCUGGCUGGUCUGUGUCCUUUGGCCGCAGGCAAUCGCCCUGGGGUCUCCUUUGCCACAUGUGGAGCAGUAUGAGGUAGUAUGGCCUCAGCGCCUACCUGGGCCCCGAGCCCGCCGAGCCCUCCUGUCCCCCGCGGGCCUGUACCCAGAGAGUGUGCGCUAUGUGCUUGGGGCUGGAGGCCGUACCUUUACCCUGAACCUGCGGAAGAACCGGGCUCUGCUGGGCUCAGGCUACACUGAGACCUUCUUGGCUGCCAAUGGGUCUGAGGUGACAGAGCAGCUCCCGGAGCAGGACCACUGCCUGUACCAGGGCCACGUGGAGGGCCACCAGGACUCCGCUGCCAGCCUCAGCACCUGCUCCGGCCUCAGGGGUUUCUUCAAGGUGAGCUCCGCCGUCCACCUGAUUGAGCCUCUGGACGGGAACACUGGGGACGGGCCGCACGCAGUGUACCAGGCCAAGCACCUGAAGCAGCGGGCUGGGGCCAGCUGUGGGGUCAGUGAAACCAGCCUGGACAACCUCCUGGGGAUGCGGGUUUCCGCAGCCUCCAGGCCUCACUACAGGGGCCAGCUGCUGUCCCCGGAGACCCACUAUGUGGAGAUGUAUGUGGUCACAGACAGCGUGGAGCUCCAGCAGUUUAGGACCAGGGAAGCCGUGCGCAGCCGGGUGCUGGAGGUGGUCAACCAUGUGGACAAGCUCUACCAGGAACUGAAUUUCCGUGUAGUCCUGGUGGGCCUAGAGAUCUGGAGCAGGGACAAGAUCUACAUUAGCCCUCAUGCCAACGUCACACUGGAUAACUUCCUGUCCUGGCGGGAACGGACCCUGCUGGGCCGGCAUCACCACGACAACGUGCAGCUCAUCACGGGAAGGGACUUCGUCGGGGCCACCGUGGGGCUGGCCCGCGUGUCAGCCGUGUGCUCCCGGGACUCGGGGGCUGUGAACCAGGACCACAGCCACAGCGCCCUUGGUGUGGCGUCCACCAUGGCCCACGAGCUGGGUCACAACCUGGGCAUGAACCACGACGAGAACAUCCCAGGCUGCUACUGCCCGGCGUCGAGGGAGGACGGAGGCUGCGUCAUGGCGGGCAGCCUGAGCUCCAAGUUCCCCAAGGUGUUCAGCCACUGCAGCCGGACUGACGUGCAGGAGCUGGUGGAGAUGCCAUACACCAUCUGCCUGGCCAACGCCCCAGACCUGGACACGCUGGUGGGCGGCCCGGUGUGUGGAAACCUGUUUGUGGAGCACGGGGAGCAGUGUGACUGCGGCAGCCCCGAGGACUGUCAGAACCCCUGCUGCAAUGCCACUACCUGCCAGCUGGCCGAGGGGGCCGAGUGUGCCUAUGGCAGCUGCUGCCACAGUUGUAAGGUGAAGCCAGCCGGCGAGCCCUGCCGCGUGCAGAGGGAUGAGUGUGACCUGGAGGAGUUCUGUGACGGCCGGCAGCCAACAUGCCCCAAGGAUGCCUUCCGGGAGAACGGCACGCCCUGUCCCGGGGGCUACUGCUUCAAUGGCAGCUGCCCCAGCUUGGACCGGCGGUGCCAGGAGCUGUGGGGACCAGGUGCCCAGGCUGCAGCGGACAUCUGCUUCACCCACAGCAUUCCUCUGGGCUGCCAGGGCCCGAUCCUCUCUGGCAGAGGCAGGAUCAACAGCUGUGGAACUCUGUACUGCAUGGGCGGGCUGAGGCCCCCCGAGCGAGGGUCCUGUGUCUUCCCCUCCCCCGGAGGCCCCUGCCGAGCUCUCGUCAUGGACAGCAGCCUCACCCGCUAUGAGCCUGUGCCCGAGGGCACCAGGUGUGGAGAGGGGAAGGUCUGCUGGAAGGGGGUCUGCCAGGACCUCAGUGUCUAUGGAGAGCAGAACUGCUCUGCCCAGUGCCACAACCACGGGGUGUGCAACCACAAGAGAGAGUGCCACUGCCACCUCGGCUGGGCGCCACCCUACUGUGCAGGCCGACUGACGGACGCACAGACAGGCCCUGGGAGCCCUCCGCUCUGGGGGCUGGUGGCCCUGGUGCUGCUGGCCGCCGUGGUCGCCCUGGCAGGUGUCAUCAUCCACCACAAGGUCCGGAGGAGGGGUGUUGUGCCUGAGGCCGCGGGACUCCCCAACCCUCUGUUCUAUGGAAGAAGCAGAGGCAUGUCAGCCAAGGAGCACGUUCGAGGGCCCCCAGGGCUGGCUUCCACCUGCAGCAGGCAGCCCCCCAAGCCCACACUGGUCCCCAAGAGGCCCCCACCUGCGCCUCCCGCCGCCAUGUCCAGUCCAGCCGCCGCAGUCCCUGUCUAUCCCCAGCAGACACCGGACCAGCUCCAGCUGCCGCCACCUGCCAAGCCCCUCCCAAAGCUGAAGCCCACGCAGGCCAAGCUAGCUCCUGUGCCUCCAGCGCCACCAGUCAAACCCAAGGUUGGAGGGCCCUCUCCCAGAGUGCCUCAGGAGGCGGCCCAUGGCCCAAAGGUGGCGCUGCAGCCUCCUGUGCAGAGGAGGUGACCCUGAGUGCGCCUGCUGGCCCGCGCAAGUUUGAAGCCAGGGCUCCCGCGGACGGCUCUUCCAGUCAGCCUCUCUUAGCUCAGGACUGAGGCUGGACCUCAGCAGCAUCUGCUCUUGGCAUGAACCGCUGGAAAGGCUCCUGCUGUCCUGGGGCCCCGGCCUGCCCAGGACACCAGGCUCUCCCUCCCAGGGCCUGUGCGCCGCCCGGACGCAGGGUGUCGGCCACAGAGCAGCUCUGCCCGGUUCCCCGGACGCAGUCCGCACCCACGCGGGAGCUCCAUCACCCACGCGGGGCAUGAUCUACACCCACACGGGAGCUCCAUCAUCCCUGCCGGGGCCUGAUCCACGCCCACGCGGGGCUCCAUCCAUCCCCCACGCGGGGCUCCAUCCAUCCCCCACGCGGGGCUCCAUCCAUCACCCACGCGGGGCUCCAUCCAUCACCCACGGGGGGCUCCAUCCAUCCCCCACGCGGGGCUCCAUCCACGCCCACGGGGGCCGGGACGUGGGAAGAGCCGUCUUUCCCGGGCAAGGCUGAGGACCCCGCGUGCGGCCGUGCGGAGCGGCUGUCGGGGACUGAAAGCUAUUCCCUAAUAAAGAGUCUGCAUCUGGC